AUGGAGGACGCCUCGGAUCGUGAGCUAUGCAACUUCCGCUAUGUGUCCAAACAUUGGCAGAAACACGUCGACGCCCACCUCGGCCGGCAUCUCGUCCUCGAUGCCUACACCGCCAGUAGCAAGGCAGGCACGUACCUGCACGAUGGGCGGCGCGCACCCCUGAUUUCCGAUGUGCACCGGUACCACUUCCUGGCGCCGGUCGCCGGCCCCUGCGAGGUGCCGGCGCUGGCGCGCGCCGUCCUCGCGCACACGCGCGUCCUCGAUCUGCGCCGCAUUUCGCGCCUCAGCCCGCUGGUCGCCAUCCUCCCCCUGCCUAAGCUGGAAACCCUGCGCGUCUACCCGCACAGCGCGUCGCCAUGGAUCCACCAUCCGCUCACCCCGCUCUCGUGGAAGUGCCUCUACGACGGGGGAAGAUACGGGGCCGCCCUCCCGGCUCCGGAGAUGCCUGCUGCGCGCCGCCUCGUCGUCUUCUUUUCUCCUGAUGAGCGCGAAAUACAGUGCGAGAUAUACCAGACGCCCGGCAUCUUUCCAGGCGUCGAGGAGCUCGUCGUCCAUUUCUACCCUGUCAGUCCGUGGCUGCUCUUUCCCCAGCUGCUUAUGACGUACGGAUUGCACCGCCUUGGUCCCCGCACAGCGACGUUCAUCUUCACUGACGAUGGCCCGACGUCCAGGCCCAACCAGUACCAGCCUCUACCGGCGGCUCGGCUUGCCGAGCUCGUGUCGCUGCUUCCUGAGGACGUGAGAGUGACGGUCGUUGGCUUCGAGGUCUUCACCAGACACCCUAACUAUGACAGCGCGGUCGUCGCGCAGGACUUCGAGUUGCACAGUGAGCUGAGGCGCGUCGUCUUUGUUGAUGUGUGUACGUUUCAGGAGCAAAUUGGAGCAGCGACGUGGGCUCUAUACUCCGAGAAGCCUCCUGAGGUACCUGUGCACGAGCGCGUGUUAACCAACCCGUGGUAGACCAGUUCAUGAGUCUAUCACGGCAAUGAAGGCAGGGCAGUCCGCAUAGAGCGGUCAUUUCACGCAAGAGAUUGUGUGAAUUGGUCUGACACCUGGUGGUACUUCGCGUGCUGCUGAAACCCCCAACUUGUUGAGCUGAUGAACCCGAUCUCACAUAACACAAGGCUACGUACAUUUAGAAUGAUGCAUGGACU